AUGGAGAAGAAACCAUCCUUCAAGUUUGCUUCAUUGGCCCUCCUCCUUCUAUUGGCUGCAGUGGCAGUGGGGAAGGUGCCAGGAGCUGAAGCAAGGGGAAAGCUUCGUUGUCCUCGUAUGAUAGACUGCAGUAAGGUAUGCCAAGGAUUUCCCUCGCGCUGCAUCAACGGUGACUGCAUAUGCGAUGGGGGAAACCCUCCUCCCAAGCUCCAAGUUGAAGCCAAUUGUGAACCAAAUCAAUUGCCUUGA